GAGUGCUUGUGGCGUGAGCGGAGCAGGAAGACGAGCACCGUACGGCAGGAGACCAGAGGGCGGAUUUCGUUGCUACACACGAAGAGCUGCUGAGCUGGGGAAAGAUGCUGCCGUCUCUGCAGGAGUCUGUGGAUGGGGACGAGAGGGAGCUGGAGAGCAGCGAGGAAGGGGGCGGCCCGGCCGAGGAGCGGAGGCCGGAGCGGUUCAGUAAUAGCUACUACUGUCUGUACGGCUACCAGGGCUACAGUUCAUCAGAGCAGGCUGCUGACAGUGAUGAUGGAAGUCCGAGCAGUGCAACACCAGAAACUCCCUCUGCUGAAGACUUUAGCCUCUCCUUGGUGGAUACUAACUUACCAGCUGAAGCAGAGACAGAAUUACGCAGUUUUAUUGCUAAGCGUUUUAUUAAAGGAGCACUUUUUGAGGGGAUGGGUAAUGUUGCAUCUGUGGAGUUGAGCAUACCAGAAUUUCGAGUUGGUUGUUAUUACUGUCUUCUCCAACAAGAAAAGCUUCUAGAAACAGCAACAGUGGAAUCAAACAUCAGCCCUCCAGAGUAUGUAACUUGUUUCUUAGGAGGCUCAGAGAAAGGGCUCGAGCUUUUCAGACUUGAGUUGGACAUGUAUGUUCAAGGCCUGAAGACUAACCUUGAUUCAGAGAAAAGUAACCUGGAGACUUAUAUUAAACCCUAUCUAAGAAGUUGGUUUGAGGACUCUGUAUGCCCUAUCCAGAGGGUAGUGCAGCUCUUCCAGGAGAAACUCGCCUUUUUAUUACAUGCUGCUUUGAGUUACACUCCUGUUGAAGUUAAAAAUUCAGAUGAAAGAACAAAGAAAGAUAUUCACAGGUUUCUGAGUGCUGCCAGUCUCCAAGGUCUCAUUCAGGAAGGUACAAUGACCUCCUUGUGUAUAGCCAUGACUGAGGAACAGCACAAAUCGGUGGUAAUAGACUGCGGUGGACCACAGCCUCAGUUCCAUAAUGCAGGAAGCAACAAAUUCUGUGACGACUGGAUGCAGGCUUUUCUAAAUGGUGCUGAAGGUGGAAAUCCAUUUCUCUUCCGGCAAAUAGUGGAGAACUUUAAAUUGAAGGCCAUACAAGACACUAACAACCUGAAGAGGUUUAUUCGACAGGCAGAAAUGAACCAUUAUGCCUUGUUCAAGUGUUUCGUGUUUCUAAAGAACUGUGGCAGUGGAGAUGUCCUUCUGAAGAUUGUUAAAGUGGAGCAAGCAGAAAUGCCAGAAGCCAAAAAUGUAAUAACUGUCCUUGAGGAAUUCAUGAGAGAAACAGCAGUAGCCUAAAAAUCUUAAUUUUUGUACUUGCUUUGUGCUAUUGUAUAAAUAAUUAAUUCCUUCUUUGCAGAUCAGAAUUCACUAUUGCAGAAACUUAAAUUAUAUUUGAAAGCAUUCAGUCAUUUCAAACUUAUUUCACAUCUGAGUCUUUUUAGAAAAAACAGCAUGAGAUUUGCUUCAAUUUUUGAAUAUAGUGUUUUAUACAAAUCCAGACAUUCUUUUUUCAACACUUACCAGAUUCUGCAACUGAUCCUCCUUUUUUGGGGACCACACCAUUUUGUUUUUUACUGUCAUGUCAUAAGAAAAACAUUCACCUGAAUGGCAGUGAUAGUUUUUAAGCAUUUAGAAAAUGUUUAAUGCAUAAGAACUAGUAGAGAGGAUCAUGACUAAACAUUGAGAUCAGAUUUACUUAAACAAAAAAGUCAUAUAAAGAACUACAAACAUUUGGAUAAAUUGCAUAUAGUAAAUGAAUUAAACACAUUAAAUUCAGAGAAUUUUCUCAGGCAACAAGGCCUAUGUUCUUGUCAUUUGUUUUCACAAACUUAAUUCUAAAGUAGAAAAUCUGUACUUCUGUGACCAGAUUCUCUCUUUGAUUAUGCUUACCAAACUGAUUUAUUUUAAACUGAAAAUCUGUAAAACAACCUAACUUUGUUGUCAGGUCUCAGAUAUAUAUAUUUCAUUUUGAAAAUGCAUCAUUGUACUCCAGCAAUGAACUCUCUCUCACAUGGGAAAUACAUUUUCUAAACCAUAAGUAAUUUAGACAGCAGAAUAUAUACACCACUUUGGAUGCAGUAGGAGCCAAAACUAAAGGGACCUUUAUCAAGAUUACACAGAGGAGGACUGCAGGAAUAGUCCUUAUGUAGGCAAAACUCACAUUUGUUUCAAUUGAUUAGCUAGGGAAUGCAACCUUUGUACGUAGUGUGUUUUAUCAUAACUUGACACUUAAUGAACUAUCCUAUUAUGAAGAGGUCUCCAUCACUACCUUUAUUUGUAAUAAUAUUACUGAACCAGUAGUGUGACUGCUGUUUGUUUUGUGAGUGCUGUACAUCAAAGUUAAAAGAUACAUGCUUUCUUGUGAUAUAAUCAUAUCUAAUAAAAGAAAUGAACAAUCUUGA